AUGCUACGAACAAGAUUUAAUCUACUUCGACAAUCAAUAGUAACUCCAAUUAUUUAUCAUCGUAAACAAAUCUCAUCUGAUCAUUCAAUUUUUUCCGACGAGACUCUAAAUCACCUAUUUUCAAAUCAGUCAUCAUUAGUUGUGGGAAAAGUUGUUCGUGAUCACUACGAGAAACUUCUUCAAGAGAAAUCUCGAACAUAUGAAUUUGUUGAAGAACUUUAUCGUACUGUUCUUGAUGAAAAACAACAAAUGAAGAGAGAAUUAAUGUACUUGAAAGGAAUUCUUCAUAGUCGAGGUCUUAUGGAAGAAUUUAGAGGUUAUUUACGUGGAAUUCUUCAACCAAGAACAAGUACACCAAUGUCUACCAAAAAAAUUUAUAUGAAAAUGCUCGAACUUGGUACCGAUCCAUCAAGAAAUAUGUCUAUUAUUACACCAUUAGUUGAAGAUUUAUUCUUAUGUUUUGGUCGUGAGCUACAGAAUUUAUCCACCAAUGAUAGGGAAAUGAUGUUCAAUACAAUUGCUCAUGAAUUGGAUCAUCUAUACAGUUGUUUAUCUGAAUCGAUUUAUGCUGUUAAAAUCGGUCGAAAUGAUCGUGAUUUUGUUAUUUGCACGUAAGAAAUCAUUUCGUCGAAAAUCUUCAACAUUUAUCUCUGUAUUUAUAGAGACAAUUUAACUGCGAAGCAGGUGUGUUUCAUUCAAUCAAUUGCAAAACACUUUCUACAACUAGAACCACAUGAGAUUCGUGUGAUGAAGUAUCAAGAAACAAAAAACCAAAUGAAUUAACCAAAUGAUUUUCCAAUUGUUUGAUAUCAAUGGAUCACCUUCUAUUAUUAUUAAACCUUUAAAAAAUGCGUUUUUUUAUAGGGCUAAAAAAAAAUCGAUGGGUGCGUUAUCGUAAUGUUUUCGGGAUAAAUGUUUGUAUGAAUAAGCUUCCCAAAAAGAUUUCAUCAUUAUAAGAUCUGUUGUCUUAGCUUUAUACACAAAUAAUAAUAUUGGUUUUUCACAGCGAGAAAAUUUCUAGAAAUGUGAACUUUUCUGAGUCGUUCUCAUGGAAGGAGUCGUUUUGAAUGAGUGAGGUACGAUAGUCCAAUCUUCGAUGAUACUACUAUUAUUUCGAUUUUUUUUGAAUGAUAAAGUAGUGCUGGAAAUAUGAUUGUAGACAGUAAGGCCGUUUGUUCAUCGUUUCUUCACAAAAAUGCUUGAUUUUGGCUGGUAAUUACCAUUUAUUUUUGUGCUUUUUCAAAACAGAUGAUAUCUACUGAUAGGAAAUAUACGAAAACCUAUAAAAAAUAUUUGAAUGAAUGAGUUUGAUUGUCAUUAUGUUCAAGAAAUCUUCUGCUCAACUUUGACUAAGCAGGUCCCUUUUUAGCUGGACAGGCUGUGUGAGAUAUUCUAAAGAUUAGGGAUGCACCAAUUCCGAUCCCAACCGAAUCCGAUCCGAUUCUUGACUCGGAAUCGUUGGGAUCGGAAUCGGAAUCGGUCGGAAUCGGUUGGAAUCGGAAUCGGAAUCGGUUGGAAUCGGAAUCAGAAUCGGAAUCGGAAUCGGUCGGAAUUGGUUGGAAUCGGUCUGGGUUUGGUCGGGAUCGAUCUAAAAUCAAUUCAAGACACCUAGAAAUUAUGUGAAGU